CGUCACUGAUGCUGAAUGUUGGCAAGCACGGUCUCCACUCACAUCUAGACCAUUCAUAGCGCCCGUGUCUCAUUCUUGAUAGCCAGCACAGCCCGAAGAGUCAACAGACAAACCUGCUCAGCUAUGGGACCAUACAGGGUAUUCACCCGCUAUGAGCCGUAGUGGGUAUAAAAGUAAAGAACAUGUGUGACAAGUACGGCUCUGUCAAAUUUUCCAGUGGACUUGAAAACUUCCCUCGAACAUUGAUCUCCUUGGCCCAGCUGAACCAUUACGCCGUCUACCGAUCGUCGGGAAACCGUACAACAUAGCACACCUCAAAUCUAAACUGACAAGCGCAUCCCUGACGAUGGGUUCAGAAGAACAAAAGCCAACGCCUGAGAAUGGCACACUAUUCCAGGGCUUCGAGUGGAAUGUCCCAGAUGAUCACAAACACUGGAAGCGUCUCGCUGAACAGCUGCCCAAGCUCAAAGCGAUUGGUAUCACUAACAUCUGGCUACCUCCGGGUUGCAAAGCCGCGAAUCCAAAGGGUGUGGGCUACGACAUCUAUGACCUAUACGAUCUGGGCGAAUUUGAUCAGAAAGGCGCCAAAGGCACGAAAUGGGGAACAAAGGAAGAGCUAUUGGAGCUCGCCAAAGUUGCCAAGGAACACAACGUUGGCCUUUACUGGGAUGCUGUGUUGAAUCACAAGGCGGGCGCAGAUAGGACAGAGAAGUGCCGCAUCGUGGAAGUAGACGAAAACGAUCGGACAAAGGAGAUAUCCGAUGCCUACGAAAUCGAGGGGUGGCUAGGAUUCGACUUCCCAGGACGUGGCGAGCAAUAUUCCAAGAUGAAGUACCACUGGGAGCACUUUUCUGGAACCGACUACAACCAGGCCAAUGAGAAGAAGGCCAUUUACAAGAUCCUGGGAGACAACAAGGGCUGGUCGCAAAGUGUGGACACGGAAUCCGGCAAUGCUGAUUACAUGAUGUUUGCAGACAUUGACUACUCGCACCCUGAAGUUCAAGAAGACGUUAAGAACUGGGGUAUAUGGAUAACCAAAGAACUCGGGCUCAAGGGGUUCCGCCUCGAUGCUGUGCAGCACUUCAGCUCAAGAUUCACCAACGAAUGGAUGAAGAACCUUCGUGGGCAAUGCGGAGACGACAUCUUCAUUGUAGGCGAGUUCUGGUCGGGCGAUGUCAAAGAAAUGAGCGAAUGGCUCGACGGCAUGAACCACGAAAUUUCCCUUUACGACUCGCCGUUGCUUAACAAGUUCGGCUCGCUAUCCACAUCCGAAUCUGCCGAUCUGAGGACAGUGUUUGACGAUUCACUGGUCAGGCUGCGGCCGAUAGAUGCUGUGACGGUUGUCACUAACCACGACACGCAACCGGGACAGGUCAUGGAGACCAAGAUUGAGGGCUUCUUUAAGCCGCUUGCAUAUGCACUGAUUCUACUCCGACAAGAAGGAUACCCAUGUCCGUUCUAUGGUGAUCUGUAUGGACUGUCUGAGCCGCACGAAACACCGGCGUCGUGCGGUGGCAAGCUUGCAGACCUUAUCCUGGCGCGUAGGCUGUUUGCAUACGGAGUGCAGGAAGACUACUUCAACGAGGCCAAUUGCAUUGGGUUUGUGCGUCGUGGGACAUGGGACAAGGUGGCGGGUCUUGCAUGUGUGAUGAGCAAUGCGGGGCCAGGGCAGAUCAAAAUGGCUGUUGGUGAGAUGCACGCCGGGGAGAAGUGGACCGACGUGCUUGGAUGGGAGCAGGGCGAGGUAGAGAUUGACAGUGAAGGCUACGGACUGUUCAGGUGUCCUGGCACCAGCGUCGCGGUGUGGGUGCGAAGUGAUGCUGAGGGACGCGACCAGUUCCCCACCAACUUCGAUGCGGAUGUGUAUGGCCAGGGAUCAUCUGCGUAAUGGUUGCGAUAGAGGGUGUACGAGUAGGGUAGUUGAAGCACGGCGAUCGUGGCCUAUGACGCAAGUUUACCCACCCUCCUCUCCAAGAUACGCGUGUAUGUAAUGAUGGGCAUUGUAUCAUCUGAAAAAGAAGACAUGGCGUGAUGCGCUGUCGUCGGCCUGUCGCCGUG